AUGAAACGGCGUCGCUUGCAUGGGAAGCAGCCAGCUUGUCAUCUAACAAUUGACCAGGACGAUGCGGAAGACGUGGAUGUGUCAGCCGCCCAGUCACCUCAAGCAGACUGGGCGAUGGUGCCCGAGCAUGAAAUAGAUGGUUUGCAGGUGGAACAGGCUGACCCAGAUCUUCCAGUACAUGAGGACUCAGCCCAAGAUGCUUCUGCGCCGUCCCAGCGCUUUGAUUUCUUGAGCCCAAGAACUGUCAACACCAUAGUGUCUUCGUUGCUGCAAAGCAAGACCGAUGAAGAGCUGCAUAGCCUUACAGUAGCCCGUGUCCUGCAAGAUGCGCUGGCCAAGUCGGCUGGGAAGGUUUCGGAGACCGAGUUGACUGAGAAGCGUGAUGACUUCAUAGCUGCCUGCAUGAAAUUGAUUCCCAAAGAGCUUGCUCGGCGCUUGGUCACAGCAGUUGCAUCCCAAAGCAAGCCGCAGUCAGAAGCAGCUGCACUUCAGCCAGUGGGGAUUGAUAGUCAGACAUACCAGAAAAGCUACUUCGUAACAAUUAGCGGCCUGCCUGAGUCCCCAGAGCCUAGCCGAGAGGAGAUGCAGAGAACAAUGUUGCAAGCUUUCCGCGAAGCUGGUUACAGCAAAGAAACCAAAGUGACCCAUCUUGCGAUUUUUCGCGAGACGCACAGGCGAGGAGGAGUCCAUUUCCACAUAGCCACAUGUGUGUCGGAGCGCUGCCGAUGGCUUCCAUGGAAAAAAGCUCUUGCCAAGCACGGCAUCGCAGCGCACUUCCAGCAUAUUCAGAUUCAAGGGUGGGCCAAGCAUCGGAAGAUGCAAUACCAAUGCAUGUUGAGAUAUUGCUUUGUGCCUACGGCAAAGAAGCCAUUGGCAUCACUUGACCCAGAACCCCUUUUGUAUCACUGCAGUGGACGGCACCCGCCGCUAAUAGAUGCAAUCCAAGGUGAGCUGGAUGCAGAAGCUAUCACCUUGUCAGUGCAAGAGAAAUUCCUUCAGAGAGCAGAGCAUGGCAAGCCCGGGGAAUCCAGAUUUCAGGACUUGCACCUGUGGCCGGUGGUUCGUGCCUUGAACGUCCAGGCAAACGACCCGCUGUUGUUGGCGAAGCUGCUGCAGCAUGGACGCCAAACUGGAAACGAACCCCUGCUCACAUGGCUCUUCAAGAAUUCUGCUUCAGUUCGCCAGAAGGUAGACUUGUGCUGGCAGCUUGAAAACUGCACUCAGCUAAUUCGGGAUGGAGAGAAAACGGUCUGGCAUCGUUUUACGGCUUGCUUGGAUGUGCCAUGCUGUUGCGGCCGCGCAUGGGUGGUAGCAGCCAGGCAAAUUGUCGCUAGCAACCGCUUCGAGGAGCGGCAGCUAUGCAGCGACAUUCGCAUAGCACUGCUCCGUGGCCUUCGCAGGAAAGGAGACUUGCUCACCUUCGCUGGCUGGGGGAACGAAGGCAAAUCGUUCCUCCUCCGUCCUCUCACAAAGAUCUUUCAGAAAGUCUUCUACGGACCGGUGAAGGGUUCAUGCCCGCUUCUUCAUUUGCCAGAUGCGCAGAUCGUGCUCUUGGACGAUUUCCGGCCUGACGGGCAGCUGCUGGACAUAGCAACUCUUUUGAUGUGGUUUGAAGGUGGUGCGAUUACAAUUGCACGACCGUUGAACUGCUACCAGACCCACCUCCAGUUCCAGGCAACACAGCCGCAUUUUGCGACCUGCUCAUUCGCUUCUCUACAUGCUGCUCGCGGGAAGGUGACGGAUACCGAACUAUCCAUGCUGCGCAGCAGGAUGAAGCUCUAUGUCUUCCAAAAGCGGCUCGAGGAGGUGCGAGACAUUCCCUGCUGCGUCAACUGCUUCGCCAUGUGGAUCCUGUCAGCUGGUGGUAACGUGGCAAAAUUCUUGGCUAAAGGUCAAGUGCACAAAGCGCUUCAAGACUUGAUGGGUGCAGGGGUGCCUUGGCCUGGGCCUGACAGGCACGGCUGGCUGUUGUGCUGGCUUUUCUGGCGCGGCUUUGUCGGUCGUGCCUUGGACAGGCGAACUGCUGCUGGUGUCCAGGAAAACAUUCAGGACUUAAACAGCCGCAAUGUUCGCGUGAGCGAGAUUCGCCCGUUGGCAUCCAAAACGGCCUGGGGUUAUUUCCAAGCCACAAGCGCAGAGCCUCAGAAGAUCACAGAGGAGUUCUUGAUGAAAUGUCUGGAUGCGAAGAAAGCUGAGCAGUUGGUGAAGGCAUAUCAGGACUUAAAAAGCCGCAAUGUUCGCGUGAGCGCGAUUCGCCCGUUGGCAUCCAAAACGGCCUGGGGUUAUUGCCAAGCCACAAGCGCAGAGCCUCAGAAGAUCACAGAGGAGUUCUUGAUGAAAUGUCUGGAUGCGAAGAAAGCUGAGCAGUUGGUGAAGGCGUAUCAGGAGCUCUAUGACUUAAAAAGCCGCAAUGUUCGCGUGAGCGAGAUUCGCCCGUUGGCAUCCAAAACGGCCUGGGGUUAUUGCCAAGCCACAAGCGCAGAGCCUCAGAAGAUCACAGAGGAGUUCUUGAUGAAAUGUCUGGAUGCGAAGAAAGCUGAGCAGUUGGUGAAGGCGUAUCAGGUGGAGCUCUUCACGGCGCGGCUGCUUGGCUUGGUCUGGUGGGGGGUGGGUCUGGUCCGGUUGGGUGCUCCGUGUGUCUUGUCUUGUCUGGUCUUGUCUUUUGGCUGGGCUCUCUUGUGCCUGGUUGUGGGCUGUUUCCUCUUCUGUCCUGGCUCUGCUGUCUUGUGCCUCGUCUGGCCGUCGCCCCCUUUGUUUCUCGACGAUGCGGAAGACGUGGAUGUGUCAGCCGCCCAGUCACCUCAAGCAGACUGGGCGAUGGUGCCCGAGCAUGAAAUAGAUGGUUUGCAGGUGGAACAGGCUGACCCAGAUCUUCCAGUACAUGAGGACUCAGCCCAAGAUGCUUCUGCGCCGUCCCAGCGCUUUGAUUUCUUGAGCCCAAGAACUGUCAACACCAUAGUGUCUUCGUUGCUGCAAAGCAAGACCGAUGAAGAGCUGCAUAGCCUUACAGUAGCCCGUGUCCUGCAAGAUGCGCUGGCCAAGUCGGCUGGGAAGGUUUCGGAGACCGAGUUGACUGAGAAGCGUGAUGACUUCAUAGCUGCCUGCAUGAAAUUGAUUCCCAAAGAGCUUGCUCGGCGCUUGGUCACAGCAGUUGCAUCCCAAAGCAAGCCGCAGUCAGAAGCAGCUGCACUUCAGCCAGUGGGGAUUGAUAGUCAGAUAUACCAGAAAAGCUACUUCGUAACAAUUAGCGGCCUGCCUGAGUCCCCAGAGCCUAGCCGAGAGGAGAUGCAGAGAACAAUGUUGCAAGCUUUCCGCGAAGCUGGUUACAGCAAAGAAACCAAAGUGACCCAUCUUGCGAUUUUUCGCGAGACGCACAGGCGAGGAGGAGUCCAUUUCCACAUAGCCACAUGUGUGUCGGAGCGCUGCCGAUGGCUUCCAUGGAAAAAAGCUCUUGCCAAGCACGGCAUCGCAGCGCACUUCCAGCAUAUUCAGAUUCAAGGGUGGGCCAAGCAUCGGAAGAUGCAAUACCAAUGCAUGUUGAGAUAUUGCUUUGUGCCUACGGCAAAGAAGCCAUUGGCAUCACUUGACCCAGAACCCCUUUUGUAUCACUGCAGUGGACGGCACCCGCCGCUAAUAGAUGCAAUCCAAGGUGAGCUGGAUGCAGAAGCUAUCACCUUGUCAGUGCAAGAGAAAUUCCUUCAGAGAGCAGAGCAUGGCAAGCCCGGGGAAUCCAGAUUUCAGGACUUGCACCUGUGGCCGGUGGUUCGUGCCUUGAACGUCCAGGCAAACGACCCGCUGUUGUUGGCGAAGCUGCUGCAGCAUGGACGCCAAACUGGAAACGAACCCCUGCUCACAUGGCUCUUCAAGAAUUCUGCUUCAGUUCGCCAGAAGGUAGACUUGUGCUGGCAGCUUGAAAACUGCACUCAGCUAAUUCGGGAUGGAGAGAAAACGGUCUGGCAUCGUUUUACGGCUUGCUUGGAUGUGCCAUGCUGUUGCGGCCGCGCAUGGGUGGUAGCAGCCAGGCAAAUUGUCGCUAGCAACCGCUUCGAGGAGCGGCAGCUAUGCAGCGACAUUCGCAUAGCACUGCUCCGUGGCCUUCGCAGGAAAGGAGACUUGCUCACCUUCGCUGGCUGGGGGAACGAAGGCAAAUCGUUCCUCCUCCGUCCUCUCACAAAGAUCUUUCAGAAAGUCUUCUACGGACCGGUGAAGGGUUCAUGCCCGCUUCUUCAUUUGCCAGAUGCGCAGAUCGUGCUCUUGGACGAUUUCCGGCCUGACGGGCAGCUGCUGGACAUAGCAACUCUUUUGAUGUGGUUUGAAGGUGGUGCGAUUACAAUUGCACGACCGUUGAACUGCUACCAGACCCACCUCCAGUUCCAGGCAACACAGCCGCAUUUUGCGACCUGCUCAUUCGCUUCUCUACAUGCUGCUCGCGGGAAGGUGACGGAUACCGAACUAUCCAUGCUGCGCAGCAGGAUGAAGCUCUAUGUCUUCCAAAAGCGGCUCGAGGAGGUGCGAGACAUUCCCUGCUGCGUCAACUGCUUCGCCAUGUGGAUCCUGUCAGCUGGUGGUAACGUGGCAAAAUUCUUGGCUAAAGGUCAAGUGCACAAAGCGCUUCAAGACUUGAUGGGUGCAGGGGUGCCUUGGCCUGGGCCUGACAGGCACGGCUGGCUGUUGUGCUGGCUUUUCUGGCGCGGCUUUGUCGGUCGUGCCUUGGACAGGCGAACUGCUGCUGGUGUCCAGGAAAACAUUCAGGACUUAAACAGCCGCAAUGUUCGCGUGAGCGAGAUUCGCCCGUUGGCAUCCAAAACGGCCUGGGGUUAUUUCCAAGCCACAAGCGCAGAGCCUCAGAAGAUCACAGAGGAGUUCUUGAUGAAAUGUCUGGAUGCGAAGAAAGCUGAGCAGUUGGUGAAGGCGUAUCAGGACUUAAAAAGCCGCAAUGUUCGCGUGAGCGCGAUUCGCCCGUUGGCAUCCAAAACGGCCUGGGGUUAUUUCCAAGCCACAAGCGCAGAGCCUCAGAAGAUCACAGAGGAGUUCUUGAUGAAAUGUCUGGAUGCGAAGAAAGCUGAGCAGUUGGUGAAGGCGUAUCAGGACUUAAAAAGCCGCAAUGUUCGCGUGAGCGCGAUUCGCCCGUUGGCAUCCAAAACGGCCUGGGGUUAUUGCCAAGCCACAAGCGCAGAGCCUCAGAAGAUCACAGAGGAGUUCUUGAUGAAAUGUCUGGAUGCGAAGAAAGCUGAGCAGUUGGUGAAGGCGUAUCAGGAGCUCUAUGACUUAAAAAGCCGCAAUGUUCGCGUGAGCGAGAUUCGCCCGUUGGCAUCCAAAACGGCCUGGGGUUAUUGCCAAGCCACAAGCGCAGAGCCUCAGAAGAUCACAGAGGAGUUCUUGAUGAAAUGUCUGGAUGCGAAGAAAGCUGAGCAGUUGGUGAAGGCGUAUCAGGUGGAGCUCUUCACGGCGCGGCUGCUUGGCUUGGUCUGGUGGGGGGUGGGUCUGGUCCGGUUGGGUGCUCCGUGUGUCUUGUCUUGUCUGGUCUUGUCUUUUGGCUGGGCUCUCUUGUGCCUGGUUGUGGGCUGUUUCCUCUUCUGUCCUGGCUCUGCUGUCUUGUGCCUCGUCUGGCCGUCGCCCCCUUUGUUUCUCGACGAUGCGGAAGACGUGGAUGUGUCAGCCGCCCAGUCACCUCAAGCAGACUGGGCGAUGGUGCCCGAGCAUGAAAUAGAUGGUUUGCAGGUGGAACAGGCUGACCCAGAUCUUCCAGUACAUGAGGACUCAGCCCAAGAUGCUUCUGCGCCGUCCCAGCGCUUUGAUUUCUUGAGCCCAAGAACUGUCAACACCAUAGUGUCUUCGUUGCUGCAAAGCAAGACCGAUGAAGAGCUGCAUAGCCUUACAGUAGCCCGUGUCCUGCAAGAUGCGCUGGCCAAGUCGGCUGGGAAGGUUUCGGAGACCGAGUUGACUGAGAAGCGUGAUGACUUCAUAGCUGCCUGCAUGAAAUUGAUUCCCAAAGAGCUUGCUCGGCGCUUGGUCACAGCAGUUGCAUCCCAAAGCAAGCCGCAGUCAGAAGCAGCUGCACUUCAGCCAGUGGGGAUUGAUAGUCAGACAUACCAGAAAAGCUACUUCGUAACAAUUAGCCGCCUGCCUGAGUCCCCAGAGCCUAGCCGAGAGGAGAUGCAGAGAACAAUGUUGCAAGCUUUCCGCGAAGCUGGUUACAGCAAAGAAACCAAAGUGACCCAUCUUGCGAUUUUUCGCGAGACGCACAGGCGAGGAGGAGUCCAUUUCCACAUAGCCACAUGUGUGUCGGAGCGCUGCCGAUGGCUUCCAUGGAAAAAAGCUCUUGCCAAGCACGGCAUCGCAGCGCACUUCCAGCAUAUUCAGAUUCAAGGGUGGGCCAAGCAUCGGAAGAUGCAAUACCAAUGCAUGUUGAGAUAUUGCUUUGUGCCUACGGCAAAGAAGCCAUUGGCAUCACUUGACCCAGAACCCCUUUUGUAUCACUGCAGUGGACGGCACCCGCCGCUAAUAGAUGCAAUCCAAGGUGAGCUGGAUGCAGAAGCUAUCACCUUGUCAGUGCAAGAGAAAUUCCUUCAGAGAGCAGAGCAUGGCAAGCCCGGGGAAUCCAGAUUUCAGGACUUGCACCUGUGGCCGGUGGUUCGUGCCUUGAACGUCCAGGCAAACGACCCGCUGUUGUUGGCGAAGCUGCUGCAGCAUGGACGCCAAACUGGAAACGAACCCCUGCUCACAUGGCUCUUCAAGAAUUCUGCUUCAGUUCGCCAGAAGGUAGACUUGUGCUGGCAGCUUGAAAACUGCACUCAGCUAAUUCGGGAUGGAGAGAAAACGGUCUGGCAUCGUUUUACGGCUUGCUUGGAUGUGCCAUGCUGUUGCGGCCGCGCAUGGGUGGUAGCAGCCAGGCAAAUUGUCGCUAGCAACCGCUUCGAGGAGCGGCAGCUAUGCAGCGACAUUCGCAUAGCACUGCUCCGUGGCCUUCGCAGGAAAGGAGACUUGCUCACCUUCGCUGGCUGGGGGAACGAAGGCAAAUCGUUCCUCCUCCGUCCUCUCACAAAGAUCUUUCAGAAAGUCUUCUACGGACCGGUGAAGGGUUCAUGCCCGCUUCUUCAUUUGCCAGAUGCGCAGAUCGUGCUCUUGGACGAUUUCCGGCCUGACGGGCAGCUGCUGGACAUAGCAACUCUUUUGAUGUGGUUUGAAGGUGGUGCGAUUACAAUUGCACGACCGUUGAACUGCUACCAGACCCACCUCCAGUUCCAGGCAACACAGCCGCAUUUUGCGACCUGCUCAUUCGCUUCUCUACAUGCUGCUCGCGGGAAGGUGACGGAUACCGAACUAUCCAUGCUGCGCAGCAGGAUGAAGCUCUAUGUCUUCCAAAAGCGGCUCGAGGAGGUGCGAGACAUUCCCUGCUGCGUCAACUGCUUCGCCAUGUGGAUCCUGUCAGCUGGUGGUAACGUGGCAAAAUUCUUGGCUAAAGGUUUCCCAGCUGUCGAUGGAUGA